AUGCGGCUCAUACUUCAGGCGUCCUUUCGGACGCUGGAGCGCUCUUUCAAGCCGUCGACAAUCUCAACGUCUUCCGCUCCUGUCACCGCCGUCUCCAAAGCCACUCCCUUCUCGAUCAUAACAAGAACCUCCUCCCCAUCGCUCUCUCGGUCGCCCUUUCUGUCUCUUCAAUUACGAUAUGCCUCUCACCAAGCUCAAGGUCGCGCCAACAAUGGUUCCAAGGACUCCCCCGGUAAGCGUCUAGGUGCCAAAAAGGGUAGCGAGCAAUACGUCGUUCCUGGAAAUAUCAUUUUCAGACAACGAGGUACCUUAUGGUUUCCUGGCGAAAAUUGCGACAUUGGCCGAGACCACACAAUAUUUGCCACUGAAUCUGGAUAUGUGAAAUAUUAUCUCGACCCAGAACGGCACCCCAAACGAAAGUAUAUCGGUGUAUGCUUUGAACGCGAAGGAACGCUACCGACACCUCGGAAUGCACCAACCAGGCGCCGUUUGAAUAUGAGAACUGUGCCGCGCUUGGAACCCGUGGGAACAGUCCCCGAUCCGUCUACCAUGGGCGAUGACCCAACGACUGCCGUCGACGCCGAAGGCUCUGAGAGCACGUUGCCAUUGCGUCCUGGUUACAUGUACCGUGAAGCCAACUGGCAGAUUGGCCGCGCUGCCGAAAAAGCUGGUAUUACCGCCAAGGAAUUCGAUCGCGGAAACCGAUGGAUGGCCUGGAGGAGAAGACAGGAGCGUGCCCAACGUGUUGCUCAAAUGAAGAGUUUGAAGGGCAAGAAGAAGGCUGGCAAGAACAAGCCCAGGAAGUAG